AAUUUCCUACAUCCUGGUAUUUUUACUGUUGUCAAAGCACCGAUAGAAAGAAAGGCUGCAACGGGAAGCGACCAGACUGCAGUGUCCUACAGAGACUGAGCUUAAAGAAAGUUAGGUGCAUUUACCAGAAAAAAUGGACAGUUUGAAUCAAGCACUGGAUGCAAAAUGCAUCUAAACAGAAAAAGACCUUGAGAGACUGCUUCACAUAAAGAUGUGACCCCGCAGAUAACCCUGUUUAGAGCAGGUUUUGCCAAGCCUAAGAAGACUUUCUCCAGGGGCUGACAUUAGUAUAAUGAUGGUGUAACCAAACAGCAGCCAUGUCCAGCAAGACUUCCUCUAAACGUCGUUAUCAACCAGCAGCAGAGUUUGAUGAUGCCACUAUCGCCCGCAAAAGGGAAUAUUGGAGGAGCAAGAAAAGAGAGCAGAGGGCGAGAAAGUCAUCUACCAAAAAGAAGAUUGGAAAUGAAAAUCUGCGCAUGUCUGUUGUUAGUAAAGCUAGCAGUGAUCCCUCUCUACACAAUAAUAAUGUUUCAUUCAAACAGGAAGAGGCUGAUGCUCUUAAAAACUGCUUGAGCUUAGGUUUAUCAGUAUCUGAGAGUAACAUUACUAUGGUGCCAUGCCAAAAAGCGAGAUGGUUUCAAAGGACCAAGCUCAACUACGCCUUACCUCAGUCUCAAGAAAUAAGCACAAACACCUUGAAGGGUGUAAUGGGUAAUAAUAAAAUAAAUCCCUCAGAUACAGGGUCAUCAAAAUCAAAUGCUUCAACGGUUGAAUCUCUCUGCCCUACAGUCCAUUCGGUGCCUACAACAUGCGUUGAGUUGCAUCCGAACAAUACUCAUGCUCAAAAAUCUAAAUCGGGAAUGUCAUCCCUAAAUGGCAAGCAUUUAACAACAUCUCUGCAAAGCCGUGUAUCCAUGGUUUUACCAGUGCACAGUUACCAAAAUAAGCCUCAGAACUCACUUAGACUCUUGACCUCUGCAGAAUGUAAGGUUCGUGAAAACCAGAGUCCUAUCACUAAGAGAAGAACAUGUGCCUUCGCUUUAGAGCACAACACGGGAGAGGCUGUGACUGAAGAAGAGAUGGUUGCUAAGCGUAGAGAGAACUGGCGUAUCAAAAAGCGGGAACAGAGAGCAAAGCGUGCUGCAAAGUUGGCCCAGGACCGAGAAGGGAGUCUCAGACAAGGACAACCUUUAUCUGUUGGUAUCAUGCAUGCUUCAUCUCCUACUAACAGUAAGGCCUUGAGAGGAAUCAGCCUCAACUCAAACCUUGUAUCUCUUAAUCAGCAGUCGCUGGGAGCAAAAUUUAACGGUUCUCAGACAGCACAACUACAUGUUCAGAGUCCUAAACCAAACCAUGCAUCCUUAACCUCUGGUAUUUUGCAGUCAUCCUUAAGUAAGUCCAAAUCCAAAGUACAGAAAUUUGCACAAACUCAAAAGAGACGUCAAAACCAAAUGAGGAGAUCCACCCUUGGGGCUUCCAAAGUUGAGUCUCCCGAGGAUCGCCAUGCCAGGCAAAAAGAAUACUGGAGAAUUAAGAAACGUGAGCAAAGAGCAAGGCUGUCUAUGGCAUUGAAAGCACGACUCAAGGAACAAGAACCACUAAAGCAUCAUGGGAAACAUUCCUACAACAGUUUCAGUCAGGCAUGUGGAGUUCAAGCGAGCAAAGCAAGUGCAUUUGCAGUUUCCUCCGAUACCAUUGGUGGUUUUAUCAAAGAAGAUGGCACAGUGACGGUCUCCAUUUCGAAGACAUCUCCUAAAGCUUCCCUACCUGCAAGUCAAGACAUUUCCAAUGUGAAAUGCAUUGGAAAUGUAAAACUCCAGGUUCAUGUAAAUUCUCCCCUAUAUUCAGAUGCUCCACCAGUCACAAAGCUAGAUUCUGCUCAAUGCAACAUUUCUAGUAAUUGUACUAAUGCUCACCAAAACUCUCCAGUAAAGUCUAGAUUAACCAGAGGUGCAGUUCUGGGCAGUAUGACAGUCACCAUCAAGUCUGAAACCCCAACAGAAGAAGAAAGGGUCACCCGUUUGAGAGAGUAUUGGAGGAUUAAGAAACGACAGCAAAGGGCUAGUCAAGCUGCCCGACUUGGAAAUGGUCUGCUCAGGUCGAAGGUUUCUGUGUUAAAGCAGAGAGAGCAAAACAAGAAGUCAAACCAUAGGCAAAGUAUUACUUCAUCUAUCACCACAACAGUUUGUCACUCCUCUACCAGUGCCCCAAUGCUUAUAAAAGAGGAGCAUGUCUAUCCCACUAUACAAGCUGUGUUUUCCAUCCCAGAAAUUACUCCCUGCAUCAGUGUUAAUAGCAGCAAAACUUCACCCAGUGCAUCCUUAGAAUCACACAUCAUGGACCAUCAUGCCACCACUCUUCAGGCUGUUGCCUCCAUGAAAAAGCUCCUAGAGGAAUCAGUUUACACACCAGAAGAAAAUAAUGCCAGCGAAAUCCACGUUAAGUGUGAAAAUGAGCCUCUUCCUUUGACUAAAGAUGAACUUUUCACAUCUGAAGAUGCAAAACCAAGUCUUACCUUACAACAAAAUGUGUUAUUACAGUCCGACCUCCCAGAAGACACAAGCCUUAAAGAUAUCAAAUUGAGUCCUCCGGCAUCAACUUUUGAAAACAUCAGUCAUUAUAAGACUCUUAAUAAUGUCUGUCAAGAGGCUACAGAUGGAAGUCAUGCCAUUUCUCCAGUGGCUCUGCAACCUCAUAAUUUCAGUGAAAAUGGAGCAGAUCCCAAGCAGGCCUCCCCUAUACAGGCCUUGCAAAAGCAGCAGCUUGGUGAAAGUGAUGAGCUUCAACGAAAGCGAGAGUAUUGGCGAUUAAAGAAGAGACAACAGCGGGCUAGAAAAACCAACAAAGAUGCAACCAAAAAUGCAGUCCUUCGUAGUCUGCCACAGAAGAAAACACGAAGCACAACUUUCAUGCAAGCCAUGUCCCAGAUCCCCAUUCAGAAAAAAACAAGCAGGUGCACCAAGCCUUCUGGUCCACAGACACAGCCUACAGAUAAAUCAAGAUGUGAUCGAAGCCAAAUAGUGGCGACGGCAAAUCCACAAGAAGAUCCAGAGGAGGUAAUACGUAGAAGACGCAUGCAGUGGAGGAUCAAGAAACAGAAGCAGAGAGCUAGAAAGGCAGCACAUGAGACAAAGCUACGCCAGGUGAUGGUCCCUCCACAAAGCCAGGAUUUACAGAGUCAGAACUCCACCAGUCUCUGCUCAGCUGUAGUUCAGAGUGCAACUUUAGAAGACCAACUUGGCUACUUUGUUGAACCAUGUCAACCUGCACUCAAAGAGGAGUCAAGCUUUGUACCAAAUGGUGCAAUGGAGGGACCUUUAUCACUGGCGGAGUGGAGAAAUGUCUACCUCAUGGACUUUGAUCCUGUCAACCCGUUGUUGGUGUGUAUGGUUUGUGGAGAGCAGCAGUACUCUGAGAGUGUGGAAGGCGUGAAGGCCCACAUCGAGGAGGCGCAUCCUGAAACACUAUCACUGGGAGACAGUGAACGUCAAGGCAUUCUUGAUGCCUGGGAUAAACAAGUGGCAGUCCGAGAGCACUUCAUCACCCACCAGCUUCAACAGCAGUGCAGAGCUUCUACAGAUAACACGGAAAUCUGCUUUCAGUCUGGCUUUGAACAUAUGAAAUAAUUUAUUUUAUGAAUCAUUUUUCACAACAGAAUUUAACAUGCCCGGUCAAAGAAGCUAAGGUUGAGGCCGAAGACUUUGAGUGAGCUGAUGGGUGGCUGUCAGACAAGACCCGUUUUGUCCUGAUAGCGUCUAGUUGACGAGUUUUUCGGAGGGGGUCUGUCUCUGUGGCUCAUCUAGUUGACAUGGUCCACGCUGACAUUCACUAAAAUCCAUCUUCAUGUCUUAAAAUUUUUUAAGAUUUAGAGCAUUUUAAGAUUUAGAACAUUUACUUCGUAAGCUCCAUCAGUCAAAAUGUUGAUUCACAUUUUUCUCAUUACUGAGCCUCAUUAACUGCACUUUUAAAUUCUCAUAAUACUCCAAACAUUGCAGUGCAUUUAAAGAACCUGUAAAUCAGUUUACAAAAUAAGAUCCAUCUAAACAAAUACUCUCUCACACACACACAUAGACCUAAUCAUAAUAAGAACUGCAUUUUGAGCAUGUAUUAUUUUUUCUUUUAGUAUUUAUUUCUGUACAGUUUAUUCAAUUUUUAAAACAUUUUGCAAUACAUUUUCCAUUUUAUAAUUUUUUGCACUGCAUAUAAUUUUUUUUGUACUUUGACUUGCCAUAAUGUUUUCCACUAGUCUUGAAUAGACCACCUUCUUCAGUUUAUAAAAUGCUAUAAAAUCAAAUGUAAUUCAUAUCUACCAUAAUUUGAACUUCCUUGUAGUUAAUUACUAGUUAAGCUUCUAAAUUAACAGUGUGUUGUUAAUGUUUGGUUAUAUACAGACCACAUUUAUAAAAAAAUAAAAAGCACAGGGAUGAGAAUGAUCAAAUAUUAUAUAUAGUGUAGUAAACAUAGUUUGUUAGUCUUUACAGUCGACACCUAGUAUAAGUAAAACGUUUGAUUCUGAUUCCCUCUUCAGACCUCAUCUGUUUUAGAUUAAAUCUUUUAAAUAAAUAAAACCUUUUGUAUACUU